AUGACAUCGCAGCAGGGCGAUCCGGGCGACACGCAGGACAGCCAGCUUCUCUGGGCGGCUAUGAGAGAAGAGCUUGGCGUGGCAGAAGUGCAACAACAGCAGCAGCAGCAGCAGCAGCAGCAGCGAACCCCUCAGGCCGGUCUGGAGGACGGGAGAAUCAAAAAGCGCGACGAUGCGGUAGAAACGGUCCGUCGCGACGCCGUCAUUGCCGGACACACUCCCGACAGCAACAGGAUGACGAUAGACGACGAGCAGCAGCCGCAGCAGCAGGAGCAGCAGGAGCCUACGCAGGAAACGCCCACCCAGCCCAACGAGGAUCGUGAAUACGAAGAUGACUCACUCCCGCCGACUUUUCGACCGCCGACACAGCCCGACAUUGACGACGGAGCAGUGACGCAACUGAUCCCGGACGACGGACACACGCUGCAGGAGAAUGACAUGGGCGCGGUGCACUUUGGCGAACUGAGCGAGGCGGUGCGGCCAUCGUCGCAGGUGUCAGAGGACGGCGGGUUCGAGAAGACGAGGGGCGACUGGCGGCAGCACGAGCAGACAUCGCAGCUGCAGGGCAUGCUGUCGGCGCCCAAGAACAUUCACAGCCACAGCAUACACACGCCGUUCAAGACGCCCGCCGCACCGGGGCUGCCCGAGACGCCCACCUUGUCUAGGAACCCGUUCGGCGGGACGAUGGCGGGCGCGCCUGCGCCGUUUGCGGGCUCCCAGCUCUUUGGGCAGACGCAGUUUUCGUCGGCCGUGAAACCGCCCGGCGUGACGCCGACGUCGUCGCGACCCUCGCCAACCAUGCUCCCCCUCAACACGGCAUCCCUCAACGUGGCGGAGACAUCGCCGCUCAAGGGCCGCACAAACGUCUCCUCUCCGACUGACGUGCCGUCGCCCAGCCCGGCCAGACUGGACGAGGUGCCCGCCACCGUGACCCGGCUGAGGAAGCCCAUGGAGCGCAUCGCUGAGGAGACGCCGCUGCAUGCGCGGUUCGCCAUGGCCGCCGACGAUACCGUAACCAUACUUGGGUCGUCGGGAUCGCCACGACAGCCAUUGGCAUUCUGUGAGACUGUGAAGAAGCCGCAGGAGAGGAGGGCGCCGUCGCCGCCGCAGCAGCCGCAGCAGGGGAAGGCUUCGAUAUCCAUCUGGGACUUUGACGACGACGAAGACGACGCCUUCAGACGGCUGGAGCGACGGAAGAGGGUCGAGAGGAAGAAGGCACAGGCGGCACAGGAGAUGGAAAAGGUCAGCUUCACGCCGCGGGCCGAGCCCGCCAGGAAGAGGAGGCGCGUCGUACAGGAUGGCGACGAGGAAGAGGUCAAGCACAAUCUCCAGCCCCAGCCCCAGUCCCAGGUGCCCAAGGCGUCUGGCAAGAAUGGCUACAAGAGCUCCAAUACCGAGCCUGUCGUCCGGGACUCCCAGCAGCGAUGGCCCUCGAAUCAGACGCCGAUACUUGUCCGGGGAUCUACGCAAGGGACGAAGGAAGACACGGCACCGGCGGAGGAAGAUGAAGGUAUCGGAGAAGAAGGACCGGACGUCGUAGCCAUUGAUACCCCGGGUCCGAACCACCAACCCGUAGAAGAUAGGAUUCCAGCCACCAGCCCCGCCGCGUCUCCCUCGCCAGACGAGGAUAUGUCUGACCCUCCCCCUCCAGAACCAGAGUUACCUAGCUUGUCGACGAAUGCAGACGGGAGGAACACCUCGUCGCCGCAGGCCUCGCAACGACCGAUCAAGCGACAGGAGAGAAAGCCGAGACGGAGAACGGUUAUUACUUCGUCGGCAUCGGAGAUGCCCCAACCUUCACCACAGGUUAUCUCGGCCAGAGAAGAAGAGGAGGAAACGAAGACAACUACGGGAGAGGACGAUGAUGGUGUCGAUGCCGAUGAUCAAGUAGAACAGCCCGAGCCUAUGCCCGAGCCGGUGGCGCGGAGAAAUGCCCAGCGGAGGAGCUGCGGAAAGCCGAAACAGACCGCCAUCAUUACGUCGUCGGCCCAUCCUUCACCGUCACCGGCUGCUAUGGCGCAAGGAGAAGAAGAAAGGGGCGAGGAGGAGAUGGAGACUACGCAUGACGAUGUUUACAGUGUCAAGGCUGAUUCCGAACCGCCGGGGCAGUCCGAGCCAACGGCCAAGCCGGUGCCACGAAGAAAGACGGGACCGCGGAACCUAUCACCGGCUAAAUCCCUUGCACUACCCGAACAAGACACACCAAGUAUGAGCUCUCUGUCAUCCGCACCACCCUCGUCGGCCAUGACGACGCCCGAUUUACGAGACUACUCGGCUUCCGAGCGUGCAGCAUCCGCCCACACACAGCCAUCGACGGGCAGGGGCCGGCGGGGACGGGGGAAGCCAGCGGCGUCAGCCGAGCCCGUGGCACCGCAGCGGACGGCGCGGUGGGCACGGGCAGCCAAGAUGCGCGCACCUCGCUACGCAUCGGAGUCGACAGACGAGACGCGUGCAUCGCCACCGGUGUCGCUGCCGGCGACCAACAAGGGCGGCACCGGCCGCAUAUCCAGGACGAGCGUGGGCCCCGGGGCCGGUACAACCCAGAGGGGCAGGAGGCUCUUUGAGGGCAUGGCGUUUGCCAUAUCGUUCCAGUCCAACUCACAGAGCCGCGGCAAGCUGGAGACGCGUAUAACCCAGGCAGGCGGGACAAUACUCACCGACGGCUUCGACGAGCUAUUCGAGACGGCGAGGUCGGCGGCGACGAUGCCGUCGCUCUCCAAGGACGUGGACGAGCCUAUGGUGCUGAGCAGGGCGUACCGGGACACGGGGUUCACGGCGCUUGUGGCGGACAGCCACUCCCGCAAGGCCAAGUACAUGCAGGCCUUGGCGUUGGGGCUCCCCUGCCUGGCGCCGCAGUGGAUAACGACGUGUCUGGCCAGGGGGGAGCUGGUAGACUGGGAGCCGUACCUGCUCUGCGCCGGGGCAUCGUCGGUCCUGGGCAACGCUCUGCGGUCCCGUACACUGACGCCCUACGCCGCCGCCGACGCCCGUCUGGCCGACGUGAUCGACUGUCGGCGCCAGAUGCUCCGCGGGCAGAGGAUCCUAGCCGUCGUGGCCGACCACUCGUCCUCGUCCUCGUCGUCCUCGUCCAAGAAGAAGGGCAAGAGCGGCGGCGGCGGCGGCGGCGGCGGCAGCAGCAGCAGCAGCAGCAACAUCGCAAACAACGUACAGCCCUACAUGUUCCUCGCGCAGGCCAUGGGGCCGAGCAUAUCCACCGUCAUGACGGCCGAGCAGGCGCGCGACGCGCUGAGCAGGUCGGUCAGGGACGGAAGGCCGUUUGACUGGGUCUACGUAGAUAAGGGGGCAGUUGCGGGUGGUGCGGCGGCGCUAUGGGAGCAGCAGCAGCAGCGGACGGGAGCAAAGAAGCGUAAGAGGACCUCUGCUGCUUCUGCUUCGACGGUACUGGAUAGGGGUGCGACUCGCGUGUUGGAUGACGAAUUGGUCAUACAGAGUCUUAUACUGGGUAGGAUGGUGGAGGAGGAUGAAAUGCCUUGA